AUGGGGAAAGAGCAGGAAUGGCUAAGGGGUUCAUUCGGGGGAUUUAGUGAGUCUAGAGAUAGGAAAUCUUCUAGCCCUAAUAGUAUCAAGUUGAAUUCUGAGUCUAGCAAAGAUAGGAAUCUAGGGAAAGGGAAGGAGAGUCCUAGUGUUGUGGCUGGGCAGGGACAAGGGUUAAACUUUGCUUUGAAUUUGGGUGGUGAGAAAAAAUAUCAACUAGUAGAGGUCCUAGAUAAAGAACAUGGGGUAGGGGUAGUAAGGGAGGGUGGAGGAAAAGUUCAUCAAAUUAAGGGCAAAGUCUCUGUCCCAAAAACUCAGAGAUCCUUUAAUAGGCCAACUAGAAGCAAGGUUACUAAAGCCAAGGAUAAAGGAGUAGGGAGCGGAAACACAGUAAUAUUCCACCAAACACCCCAUGGCAUUCAAGGCCUUCUCACACUCUCCACAANAAAAGCAGAAAACAAACCGCAUAGAAACAGAAAACAACUAAAAGUAAAAUCACACCAUAUAAUCAGCAAUCAGAAAGCAGUUGUCUAA